CCUAAGUGUUUAUACGCUUGCAAUUGCAUUCUAUCAAUUCAAACCCUUGACGUUCUCUCCUAUUCUCCUGCCUAUAUACCACUAUUUCUGAUCAUCAUGCAACCAUUACCAUUAGCAGGUACAGACAAUGACGGAACGUUCCACGUAGCUAGUCUUUCACAAGGAUCUAGCCGUGCGAAUGCAACCAUCUCCAGGUAUUUCAGAAACGAUCUAUACCCGUGUCCUAGAUGCGCAACAGAAUUUUCGCGUAGCGACUCCCUUCGCCGGCACUUGCUCACAAUGCACCGGCCCUCGAAGGCCGGAGUUGCUGGCAACCGAGCUAUCACUCGAAAGAGGGCAGCCAAAGCGUGUAUCGCAUGCUCACGAACAAAACAGCGCUGCAGUGGGGACGUACCUUGUCACCGGUGCCAAGUCAAAUCCCUUUCGUGUAGAUAUUCGUUAGGAACACAGCAAAAGGCAAGCAUUGAGCAGCGGCUACUCUGUUACGACCAGGAAACCACUUCCAUGUCGGGCUUUGGAGAUUUCCGAACCGACCUAACUGGUGGCCAUCAAGACAGUGUCGUUAAUCUCGAUAUGAACUCAGAUAACCCGACAUCCUUCCCCAGAUCUACAGCGAACUAUAACUCAAGCACCUUCUUUCUUCCACAAUUUUGGACCGACCCCAACUUCGCCGGGCUUUCUGUACUCACUUCCCCUGAAACUGUCCCCGGACAGCUAGUGCUCGGCGGCCUGAAAGAUAUGCUGAACCCCGUGCAUCCUGAAGCCUCAUGGGCUGACUUUGAGGGCAACAUUACUUUGGGAGGUGAACCGACCGAAGACAGUACCGUCACAAUAGAUGCUCUACAGAAUGCAUUUGACUCUACGAAUAGUUUUCACCAAAAUCAGUCCCUUCCCACCGAAAUCAGCCUGCCACUCUCGAUACCUUACUUAGCGUCUGCCUCACCAGACGCAAAUCAGAUUGCGACUGGCAAAGCGCCGGUACCACCCUUAUUUAGGUCCGAUAAUUCAACUCGAUUUUCUCGUCAUAGUAUGCCCAUGUCAGAAGAACUUCAUGUUGAAAGAGUCCAUGUGCUGGAAGAUCUCGAACAUGUUCCAUCUUUAUCUCCAUCGACAUAUCACGGUCUGUUGAAUCAAUUCAGAAAGCUAAAUCACCUCCACGACGAUGAGACCCCAUUUACCGAUAUGGAAUUACCACCGAUCGAUCAAGUCAACGCAUUCAUCCAAGCAUACUUCGAGGACUUUCAUCCUAUUUUUCCCAUCCUUCACCAGCCAACGUUUGAUCCCAACCAAGUGCCCUGGACGAUGGUAUGGGCUGUCCUGACGACAGGAUGCCGGUUUUCAAGGGCUCUGUCAUCAAGUGCAUUCGUGAACAUAUUACAAGAGAUUCUUCGUCGCGCGAUACAUGCACAUGUCGAAGAGGAGGUCAUACCUGCGCCCACAAUCUCGAUGACACAAGCAAUGGUAUUGGCUCAGAUUGGCCUCGCCUUCUCAGGAGAUUUCACCUUACUGGAUGCAGGGGCAAAUAAUAUACCCACAGUGGCCGCAUGGUGCCAUGAGCUCGGCUGUUUUGAGGAACCGUCAGAUUGUGGGGUAACUGAGGGAGAUGUAAUGCCGGAUUUGCGAGCGUCGUGGAAGCGCUGGAUCGACAAAGAAACCCGCGGACGCCUUGGUUAUUGCGCUUGGAUGGUCGAUUGCCAGUACUCUCUCUUCCUGUCCCUACCCGGCGUAAUUUCUAGUAACGCGAUCUCGUCCAGUAUGCCCUGCCAUGACGAUAUUUGGCAAGCUGAGUCACCAGAAGAGUGGACCAAGAAACGGCUUUUGUUUGACCAUUCACCACUAAAAUCAGUACAGUUUGCUCUACAAGAGCUUUACCAACGUCGGAAGCAGCCUAAAAACCUAACCUUUUUCAACCUGCUUCUCUUAAAUCUCGGCCUCUACAGGGACGCUUUGGAAGAUCACGGAUUAGUCGCCUACCUUGAUAUUUUGAGACCUAACGCUAACACUUCUACACUUGAACCUCAGGCAUCUCGACAAAUGCAGGUAACUUUGGAAUACAACUACAUUAUCAAAGUCCUACUUGAGAUUUCACUUCAGGACCUCAUGGCUUAUGCGGGCUGGAGAGUAGAUUACGUACAGCACCUGCAAGGCUACAACCGCCUUCAACGCCUUUUUAGGAUGAGGAGUGAAAGUAUGUGGAGCGUUGUUAUCUGUGCGGCUCAGACUUUUGCUUGUGUCCGCGAUCACUCAACAUACGGACCGCACGAAUCCCUCGCUCUGUUGUCAUCGUUGGUGAUCCUUUGGGCAUAUAUCGAGUUCUGGGAUAUUAGAGACGACAACCAGCAUCCAACUGGCCAAAUCAACGCCGAGAUAGCAUCUCGUGAUUUCAACAACUCGCUUAUCUGUCCGCAACCUGACCCCUCGAGCCUGGCAGGGGUCGGAAGUCUUCGAAAUCCUCGAGCUCCACUUCGGCUGACGAGGGAGUGCUCUCGCAUACUCCUCACCAGACAGGCGUGGCGGCUGAGCGAUGCAAUUCGGGGCAAUAUGGCGACUCAGUAUAGUUUCAAAUGGAACAAGGUAGCCAGUGCUUGUUAAUUCACGACCGCAUCUGACUUAACAAAUGU